GGCGCGUCAGCGCGUCACUUUCAUUACGCAAAUCCGCCAUUUUGUAUGUAGCUGGCGGUGCUUCACGGUAUACUUUCUCGGUUCAGUGAUUUGAUCCACGAAAAACUGGGAAACUUAGUUCAAAUUGACUUUGUAAACUGACUGUGAAUAUAACUAACAAUUUUGUGAAGUAAUAUAACUAUAACUUCUUGUGCUUUCGUGAUUUGUGUGUGUCCUAUAAUUGGAGCGCGUGGCUGGUGACUCUUUGUUGUUGGAAUCGGCUUAUUUACGGUGAGCGGAAUUUCUCUAUCAGUGGGGUGUGUGCCUGUUAUUGACAAUAUUGAAAACUGUGUGGACUGCCAGAUCACCUUGCUAACUACUUUAUACAUUAAAAGUGUGCAGUGAAAGCAUUUGGACGCAGUGAUCAGUGAAGUUGCGGACGGCAACGCCGCCUACGUCGUGUCGUGUGUCCAUACAGUGUGGUGCGCGAGUGUUCGUGUCGGCUUGCCUAGUGCCUGUGACAGUGCCAGUGUGUGUGUGUGCGUGCGUGCGUCCGCAGUGGCGCCGACGCCGGCGUCAAGUCAAUGCCGGUGUGCCGAUGGAGCGGUGAUCGCGGCCUGACUACAUCACAAGAGCAGCGCUGGUGACGCGCUGCGUAGGGGUGGUUAAAGCGGCUUUGCCGCUUUAAAUGGACAAACGCAAGAUGCUGCCAAAGAGAGCGCGUAUGGAUAGCAUGCGGGGUCCCAUCGCCAACGGACCCUUGCAGUCGAGGCCCUUGGUGGCGUUACUAGACGGACGCGACUGUACAGUCGAGAUGCCGAUACUGAAAGAUGUCGCGACAGUGGCGUUCUGCGACGCACAGUCCACAUCAGAGAUUCACGAGAAGGUGCUCAACGAAGCAGUGGGUGCACUAAUGUGGCACACCAUCAUAUUGACCAAGGAGGACCUCGAGAAGUUCAAGGCGUUAAGAAUCAUUGUUCGUAUCGGAUCAGGUGUUGAUAAUAUUGAUGUCAAAGCGGCAGGUGAACUAGGCAUAGCGGUAUGUAAUGUACCAGGCUACGGUGUAGAAGAAGUAGCAGACACCACAAUGUGUCUCAUAUUGAACUUAUAUCGGCGGACGUACUGGCUCGCGAACAUGGUACGGGAAGGGAAAAAAUUCACAGGACCGGAGCAGGUGCGUGAAGCAGCGACAGGUUGCGCACGUAUCCGAGGCGACACGCUGGGCAUCGUGGGGCUGGGCCGCAUCGGCUCAGCUGUCGCGCUCAGGGCCAAGGCAUUCGGCUUCAACGUCAUCUUCUACGACCCUUACCUGCCCGACGGCAUUGAGAAGUCGCUCGGUCUAACCAGGGUCUACACACUUCAGGACCUCCUAUUCCAAAGUGAUUGUGUAUCAUUGCAUUGCAGCUUAAACGAACACAAUCACCACCUCAUCAACGAGUUCACCAUUAAACAGAUGCGCCCAGGCGCGUUUUUGGUGAACACGGCGCGCGGUGGGUUAGUAGACGACGAAGGUCUGGCCGCCGCGCUCAAGCAGGGUCGCAUUAGGGCUGCCGCACUCGACGUACAUGAGAAUGAACCCUUCAACGUGUUCCAAGGCCCGUUGAAAGACGCGCCGAACGUGCUGUGUACUCCACAUGCGGCUUUCUAUUCGGACGCGUCGGCACAGGAGCUACGUGAAAUGGCCGCGUCAGAGAUACGGCGCGCCAUCGUAGGUCGCAUCCCUGACUGCCUGCGGAACUGUGUGAACAAGGACUACUUCCACGGGGGCAGCGCGCUGGGCGGCGGCGCACUGGGCGGCGCGCCGGCCGCGCCGCCGCCCGCGCCGCACGCGCCGCACGCGCCCAUCGCGCCGCACACGCCGCACGCGCCCAUCACGCCGCAGCCGCCCAUCUCCCUGCCAAUCAACACGUCGGAUCCGGCCAACCAUCAGUUGAAGCAGGAGAGCUCCGACGUUCACUAGGCGACGAAGAUGCGCUACGUUACAGUACCGUGAUCACGCCGAGCGACUAAACAAACAUACAAAACAAACAAUAGUUUUAUUGAUUCCAUCGCAAUUAUGUCAUAAGUACCUAUGUCGUAAGCCAACGAGUGAUAUAAUAAUGUAGUCGCGGCGUUUGCAUAGAGGCGACACAACGCUUUAUAUUAUAAAAUAGUAAAUUAGUGAGUUUUAGUGCGUCGGUUCGAUCCGCGGCGAGUGAGUCUGUCUGUCUGCCCUCAAACAUUUUGUUUUAUAGUAAAAUAUGUUCCUGUCGCGGGAUAGGAGACAAAUGGGACGCUUGAAUUGACUGUGAAAUUAAUGUUAAUAAUAUAAAUAUGCAGGCAUAUUUCAAUAAGGAUUUUGCCUCCAAUAAUAAUAUAAUUAUUUUGAUUUAUCUGAUGAUUAAGUGAUUUAUCGAUAAGCACUCCAUUUAUUUCCUACUUCGUGAUUUUCAUAGUCGAUUUCAUGUUAACUGACAAUAAAAAGUAAUAUUUCGACACAAACGAGAUUGAUAUAAACGAGACACUCGUGUAAUAAAUAACUAAUGAAGUUUUGAAAGUAUACAAAUGAAUCGAGCUAAUUCGAUUCUCGAACAUUACGUCAAGGAGACAAAUAAUUAUAAUUAGUGCAUAUGGCUUGCAGGAAUGUUGUGUGUGACUGUACACAGUUUUAUUUCAGUGUGAUUAUGAGAUUCCUUGUGAAAUGCACGCCCGUCUCGAUGCAAACGUCGCGCGUUAUGAGCGAAUAGUUGAUUCUGUGUUUGUAUUUGGUAAGUUGGGACAGCUAUAUAUAGAUACUGUUAUGGUAAAAUGCGUGUAUUGAUCGCGGGCCGAAACGUGUAUGUUCUGUGUACUUGUACGUGUAAAUAAUGCGAUAAUAAGUCUAAUACUGCUUUACUCCACACAGUCGAGCAUCGUGGAAGUGUUGUACGGCGAAGUAACGCAAGUUAUCUUCUAUAGCCGCUGCGGAGAAAAUGAUGACCCAUUGUGUGGAGUAGAUAAGUUUCAUACUAAAGAAAACAACUACUUCGCGUACAGUGAUUAAUGAAGUAGACAUACGCGUGAGAGCUCGUCGGCAUAGGUUUUUAGAAUCAUAAAAGCUCUAUAAUUUUGUAUAUGGUCAGUGAUAGCUAGCUUACUGGUAACGACGAUGGCUGGAGAAAUUAAUUUAGAAACAAAUGGAAUCAAAGGUUCCACGAGUUUUAUGUAAAUUUGUAUAAGGCUUUUGUGCUUACCUUGGCGGGUAAUUAAAUAGAUUUUUAUAUUGAAUUAAAAUGUACAAAAAAGAAAAGUCAUUAAAACUAUCAUUCUCAUUUUGUAACACAUACACAUUUGACUUUAUUAUCGCGUUAUUCAGACGUAUGUACCGCGUGUGUGUUGAAUCGAAGCGCUGGAGUUAUACUGUGUACUGCGGUACGCGGAGGUUCGAUGCAUGGUCCCAGCCCCUGGUCUAUGAGCAUUUGAUCGCAUUUGUUUGUACCCACACGGCCGCGGCCCCGGUCCGGCCCGAGCGCAUGCAUUCGAACUGUUAUUUUUAAGUAAUCAACAAAAGGACUGUAGAAUUCUAUCAUCACACUUUAUUAAUGAGAAAACGGAUGUCUUCGUGUUUCUUUUUUUUACUUUGAAAAUGUACAAAAUCAUCCUUCAUUUGAAUAUUUUUUUUUAAAUAGUGUUUAAGUGACGAAUUUGUACAUGAACAUGAAAGAACACCAUGAAUAUAAAAUUUAGAACCGAAACGCAAUAGAGGGGCACCGCCCCGCCGUGCACCCGUUUGACAAUCGUGAGAAUUGGUAUUUAAAAAUUAGUAUUUACUUACAGUUUAGUUUAAUGACAAAAACAAUGUGUAUAUUUUAUGAGAAAGUGAAAAGUUCUUAAAUAAAACUAUUGUUUUCGGAUUAAUUA